AUGUUCACCGCGGUGCUGAGAAGGCGCGCCCUUCAACAAACCUCGUCUCUUUCAUAUCAAUUCGCACGAUGCUAUGCCGCCAAAUCUUUCCCACCUCAUACGGUGGUCUCCAUGCCUGCGCUAUCACCUACAAUGACAGCUGGUAACAUUGGAACGUGGCAGAAAAAGCCCGGGGAUGCCAUCUCACCCGGUGAUGUUUUAGUGGAGAUCGAGACGGAUAAGGCACAGAUGGACUUUGAAUUCCAGGAAGAGGGAGUUCUCGCCAAAAUCUUGAAGGACUCUGGUACCAAGGAUGUUGCCGUCGGUAAUCCUAUCGCAGUUAUGAUCGAGGAGGGCGAAGACGCUUCUGCUUUCGAGUCUUUCACCCUCGAAGAUGCUGGAGGAGAAUCAGCCCCAGCACCACCACCCAAAGAAGAAGCUUCCGAAUCCUCGGAGCCAGCAGAUUCUCAGUCUGGCACCGCACCCCCAUCAUCCAAAACCGAAUCUGCGCCAGUCCCCGAAGAGACAGAAUCAAGUGGUGGAAAGCUACAGCCAGCUCUGGAAAGACAACCAAACGCGAGCGCUGCUGCUGUCAGACUUGCGAUCGAGACCGGUGUAAAGAUUACGGGAUUGAAGGGUACUGGAACUGGUGGACAAAUCACCGAAUCUGAUGUCAAAAAAGCCUCGUCCGGUGGAGCACCAUCUGCAGCUCCAGGAGCCGCGCCAGCCGCCUCAUACACAGACACUCCAAUCUCCUCAAUGCGAAAGACCAUCGCAAACCGCCUCACUGAAUCUAUGAACCAGAACCCUCAUUACUUCGUUGCCGCCUCUGUUUCUGUCAGCAAAUUGCUCAAAUUGAGAGCAGCUCUCAAUGCUUCCGCGGAUGGCCAGUACAAGCUAUCGGUCAAUGAUUUCUUGAUUAAAGCUGUUGGUGUGGCCUGCAAGAAAGUACCAACGGUUAACUCUAGUUGGAGAGAUGGUUUCAUUCGCCAAUUCGACAACGUUGAUGUCUCCGUUGCUGUUGCUACGCCUGUUGGACUCAUGACCCCAAUCGUGAAGUCUGUUGAUGGUCUCGGUCUCCAAUCAAUUUCUGCCCAGGUUAAGGAUCUUGGCAAGCGUGCCAGAGAUGGAAAGCUCAAGCCAGAAGAGUACCAGGGCGGAACUUUCACGAUUUCUAACAUGGGAAUGAACCCAGCUAUCGAUAGAUUCACAGCCGUUAUCAACCCUCCCCAAGCAGGUAUUCUCGCCGUUGGAACCACUAAGAAGGUCGCAAUUCCAGUGGAGACCGAAGAAGGAACCUCAAUAGAGUGGGAUGAUCAGAUCGUUGUUACUGGAAGUUUUGAUCACAAGGUUGUUGAUGGCGCCGUUGGAGGAGAAUGGAUCAAGGAGUUCAAGAAGGUGGUAGAAAACCCACUGGAGUUGAUGCUGUGA